AUGAAGGCGCUUUUUGUGUUUAACAAGCGGGGACUUUACCUGAGUGUUACCUGUGAUGGAGCUGGGACCCCCGAGCGGGGACAUUAUCUGAGUGUUACCUGUGAUGGAGCUGGGACCCCCGAGCGGGGACAUUAUCUGAGUGUUACCUGUGAUGGAGCUGGGACCACCGAGCGGGGACGUUACCUGAGUGUUACCUGUGAUGGAGCUGGGACCACCGAGAGGGGACGUUACCUGAGUGUUACCUGUGAUGGGGCUGGGACCACCGAGCGGGGACGUUACCUGAGUGUUACCUGUGAUGGAGCUGGGACCACCGAGCGGGGACAUUACCUGAGUGUUACCUGUGAUGGGGCUGGGACCACCGAGCGGGGACGUUACCUGAGUGUUAUCUGUGAAGGAGCUGGGACCACCGAGCGGAGACUUUACCUGAGUGUUACCUGUGAUGGAGCUGGGACCACCGAGUGGGGACGUUACCUGAGUGUUACCUGUGAUGGAGCUGGGACCACCGAGCGGGGACGUUACCUGAGUGUUACCUGUGAUGGAGAUGGGACCACCGAGUGGGGACGUUACCUGAGUGUUACCUGUGAUGGAGCUGGGACCCCCGAGCGGGGACGUUACCUGAGUGUUACCUGUGAUGGAGCUGGGAUCACCGAGCAGGGACGUUACCUGAGUGUUAUGUGUGAUGGAGCUGGGACCACCAAGCGGAGACGUUACCUGAGUGUUAACUGUGAUGGAGCUGGGACCACCGAGUGGGGACGUUACCUGAGUGUUACCUGUGAUGGGGCUGGGACCACCGAGCGGGGACGUUACCUGAGUGUUACCUGUGAUGGAGCUGGGACCACCGAGCGGGGACGUUACCUGAGUGUUAUGUGUGAUGGAGCUGGGACCACCGAGCGGAGACUUUACCUGAGUGUUAUGUGUGAUGGGGCUGGGACCACUGAGCGGGGACGUUACCUGAGUGUUACCUGUGAUGGAGCUGGGACCACCGAGUGGGGACGUUACCUGAGUGUUACCUGUGAUGGAGCUGGGACCACCGAGCGGGGACGUUACCUGAGUGUUACCUGUGAUGGAGCUGUGACCACCGAGUGGGGAUGUUACCUGAGUGUUACCUGUGAUGGAGCUGGGACCCCCGAGCGGGGACGUUACCUGAGUGUUACCUGUGAUGGGGCUUGGACCACCGAGCGGGGACUUUACCUGAGUGUUACCUGUGAUGGAGCUGGGACCCCCGAGCGGGGACAUUCCAUGAGUGUUACCUGUGAUGGGGCUGGGACCACCGAGCGGGGACGUUACCUGAGUGUUAUCUGUGAUGGAGCUUGGACCACCGAGCGGGGACGUUACCUGAGUGUUACCUGUGAUGGGGCUGGGACCACCGAGCGGGGACGUUACCUGAGUGUUAUCCGUGAUGGAGCUGGGACCACCGAGCGGGGACUUUACCUGAGUGUUACCUGUGAUGUAGCUGGGACCACCGAGCGGGGACUUUACCUGAGUGUUACCUGUGAUGGAGCUGGGACCCCCGAGUGGGGACUUUACCUGAGUGUUACCUGUGAGGGAGCUGGGACCACCGAGCGGAGACGUUACCUGAGUGUUACCUGUGAUGGCGCUGGGACACCCGAGCGGGGACGUUACCUGAGUGUUACCUGUGAUGGAGCUUGGACCACUGAGCGGGGACCUGGGACCACCGAGUGGGGACGUUACCUGAGUGUUACCUGUGAUUGCGCUGGGACCCCCGAGCGGGGACGUUACCUGAGUGUUACCUGUGAUGGAGCUGGGACCACUGAGCGGGGACGUUACCUGAGUGUUACCUAUGAUGGCGCUGGGAUCCCCGAGCGGGGACGUUACCUGAGUGUUACCUGUGAUGGAGCUGGGACCACCGAGCGAGGACGUUACCUGAGUGUUACCUGUGAUGGGGCUGGGACCACCGAGCGGGGACUUUACCUUAGUGUUACCUGUGAUGGAGCUGGGACCACCGAAUGGGGACAUUACCUGAGUGUCACCUGUGAUGGAGCUGGGACCACCGAGCGGGGACGUUACCUGAGUGUUACCUGGGAUGGCGCUGGAACGCCCGAGCGGGGACGUUACCUGAGUGUUACCUGUGAUGGGGCUGGGACCACCGAGCAGGAACUUUACCUGAGUGUUACCUGUGAUGGAGCUGGGACCCCAGAGCGGGGACUUUACCUGAGUGUUACCUGUGAUGGGGCUGGGACCACCGUGCGGGGACGUUACCUGAGUGUUACCUGUGAUGGGGCUGGGACCACCGAGCGGGGACGUUACCUGAGUGUUACCUGUGAUGGAGCUGGGACCACCGAGCGGGGACUUUACCUGAGUGUUACCUGUGAUGGAGCUGGGACCACCGAUUGGGGACUAUACCUGAGUGUUACCUGUGAUGGAGCUGGGACCCCCGAGCAGGGACUUUACCUGAGUGUUACCUGUGAUGGAGCUGGGACCACCGAGCAGGGACGUUACCUGAGUGUUACCUGUGAUGGAGCUGGGACCACGGAGCGGGGACGUUACCUGAGUGUUACCUGUGAUGGCGCUGGGACCCCCGAGCGGGGACGUUACCUGAGUGUUACCUGUGAUGGAGCUGGGACCACCGAGCGGGGACGUUACCUGAGUGUUACCUGUGAUGGAGCUUGGACCACCGAGCGGGGACGUUACCUGAGUGUUAUCUGUGAUGGAGCUGGGACCACCGAGCGGAGACGUUACCUGAGUGUCACCUGUGAUGGAGCUGGGACCACCGAGCGGGGACGUUACCUGAGUGUUACCUGGGAUGGCGCUGGAACGCCCGAGCGGGGACGUUACCUGAGUGUUACCUGUGAUGGGGCUGGGACCACCGAGCGGGAACUUUACCUGAGUUUUACCUGUGAUGGAGCUGGGACCCCAGAGCGGGGACUUUACCUGAGUGUUACCUGUGAUGGGGCUGGGACCACCGUGCGGGGACUAUACCUGAGUGUUACCUGUGAUGGGGCUGGGACCACCGAGCGGGGACGUUACCUGAGUGUUACCUGUGAUGGAGCUGGGACCACCGAGCGGGGACUUUACCUGAGUGUUACCUGUGAUGGAGCUGGGACCACCGAGCGGGGACGUUACCUGAGUGUUACCUGUGAUGGAGCUGGGACCACCGAGCUGGGACGUUACCUGAGUGUUACCUGGGAUGGCGCUGGAACGCCCGAGCGGGGACGUUACCUGAGUGUUACCUGUGAUGGGGCUGGGACCACCGAGCAGGAACUUUACCUGAGUGUUACCUGUGAUGGAGCUGGGACCCCAGAGCGGGGACUUUACCUGAGUGUUACCUGUGAUGGGGCUGGGACCACCGUGCGGGGACGUUACCUGAGUGUUACCUGUGAUGGGGCUGGGACCACUGAGCGGGGACGUUACCUGAGUGUUACCUGUGAUGGAGCUGGGACCACCGAGCGGGGACUUUACCUGAGUGUUACCUAUGAUGGAGCUGGGACCACCGAGCGGGGACUUUACCUGAGUGUUACCUGUGAUGGAGCUGGGACCACCGAGCGGGGACGUUACCUGAGUGUUACCUGUGAUGGAGAUGGGACCACCGAGCGGGGAUGUUACCUGAGUGCUACCUGUGAUGGAGCUGGGACCACCGAGCGGGGACGUUACCUGAGUGUUACCUGUAAUUUCGCUGGGACCCCCGAGCGGGGACGUUACCUGAGUGUUACCUGUGAUGGAGCUGGGACCACGGAGCGGGGACGUUACCUGAGUGUUACCUGUGAUGGCGCUGGGACCCCCGAGCGGGGACGUUACCUGAGUGUUACCUGUGAUGGAGCUGGGACCACCGAGCGGGGCCGUUACCUGAGUGUUACCUGUGAUGGAGAUUGGACCACCGAGCGGGGCCGUUACCUGAGUGUCACCUGUGAUGGAGCUGGGACCACCGAGCGGGGACGUUACCUGAGUGUUACCUGGGAUGGCGCUGGAACGCCCGAGCGGGGACGUUACCUGAGUGUUACCUGUGAUGGGGCUGGGACCACCGAGCGGGAACUUUACCUGAGUUUUACCUGUGAUGGAGCUGGGACCCCAGAGCGGGGACUUUACCUGAGUGUUACCUGUGAUGGGGCUGGGACCACCGUGCGGCGACGUUACCUGAGUGUUACCUGUGAUGGGGCUGGGACCACCGAGCGGGGACGUUACCUGAGUGUUACCUGUGAUGGAGCUGGGACCACCGAGCGGGGACUUUACCUGAGUGUUACCUGUGAUGGAGCUGGGACCACCGAGCGGGGACUUUACCUGAGUGUUACCUGUGAUGGAGCUGGGACCCCCGAGCAGGGACUUUACCUGAGUGUUACCUGUGAUGGAGCUGGGACCACCGAGCGGGGACGUUACCUGAGUGUUACCUGUGAUGGCAGAUGGGACCACUGA